AUGGGUGAAUAUGACAACGAGUCAGGAGGUAAACGAAGGUUCUCACUCACAGAGUGCAGAGAACAAGAGAGGCUCCUUCCCAUAGCGAACGUGAGCAGGAUCAUGAAGAAGGUGUUACCAGCGAACGCCAAGAUUUCAAAGGAAGCAAAAGAGACGAUGCAAGAGUGUGUAUCAGAGUUCAUCAGUAUCAUAACAGGAGAGGCGUCUGAUAAGUGUCAGAAAGAGAAGAGGAAGACAAUCAACGGUGAUGAUCUUCUUUGGGCCAUCACCUCACUGGGCUUCGAAGGGUACGCGGAGACCCUCGAGGCUUACCUUCACAAGUACAGGGAAAAUACUACCAUCAUUGGGAGGCAGCACUGUGCUCAUGCUGCUACCCAUCUUCUAUGA